AUGGCUGUGCAUCUUGAUACACUUGAAGCUGAACAACAUUGGGAUGAAGAGCCACAGUUGGACAUGAGCGAAAUUUAUACAGAGUCAUUUCUGACAAGCAAAAUUCUUGAAUUUCUUGUUGAAGAAAAGUCUACAACAGACUUAAUAGAAGAAUUGAAAAAGCAAAUAAACAGUAAUAAACUAUCCAUAAGCGAAAAAACUGAAACAUUAAUCGCAUUAAUCGCUUUAGGAGAUUUCGAUUUUGUAAUUGUUAUUACAAAGGAAGAAGAUGAAGCGUUUAUUAAAAACUUCAGAAAUAGAACCGAACAACUAAUCUCUACGUUCAAAGAACCAAUCGCAAGAUGGUCCUCAAAAAUUGCGGAAUAUUUACUUGAACCUCAUAAUAUCAUGAAAGUUAACCAAUCAAAAUACAACCUUCAGUUAAAAGAUUAUUGUAAGAUAUAUUUAUCUUUAAUGGCCAAUAGUGGAGGAUUACCAAUUGUCACUUACAUCUUGGCUGAAGCUGUGGAUAAUGUUGAAGCUAAGUAUAAACUAUGUGUAGAAUAUUUUGCCUGCAAGUUCACUCAUGCUUGUGAUUUAGAAAUUUUCAGGAGAAAAUCGGCGUUUGACCACAAGAACUUCAUACUUUCUCCUGGAUAUAUCGGUGUUCAUCCACAAGCACUUCAUGUUUUUCCCUGA